UAACAACAGACAUUACUAUCUCUUCCCCUUAGUCGUUCGAAAUCAUGACGAAGAUGAUGAACAAUAAUAAAAGCACUACACAUUCUUCUCUACUCAUCGUUUUCAGCUUUCUUCUUCUUAGCCCUUGUGUUUUUGCUCAACUAACUCCUAAUUUCUACAAAGUGAGCUGCCCUAAUGCUGAGCAGAUUGUAAAACAAGUUGUUAUAGAACAAUUCGCGAAAGACCCUACCAUUACUGCUGGCUUACUUCGUAUGCACUUCCACGAUUGCUUUGUCAGAGGUUGUGAUGCAUCCAUACUAAUCAACUCAACAUCAAGCAAGUCCUCUGAGAAAACAGCCGGACCAAAUCUGACCGUACGAGGGUUCGAGCUCAUCGACGAGGCCAAGAGAAGACUCGAAGCUGCAUGCCCUUCAAAAGUCUCAUGUGCAGACAUCAUAACCCUAGCCACUCGGGACUCGGUCGUCCUGGCCGGCGGACCAAACUACGCCGUUCCGACUGGCAGAAGGGACGGACUUGUUUCGAAUCCUAACGAUGUCGACUUGCCCGGUCCAACCCAAUCCGUCACUUCUGCCUUUCAAACUUUCAAAAACAAAGGGAUGACUCUAGACGAAAUGGUGCUUCUUCUCGGCGCACACACAGUUGGGUUCGCUCACUGCAGCUUCUUCUCUGACCGGCUUUCGAAUUUUCAAGGCACAGGCAAACCUGAUCCCACAAUGGAUCCUGCGUUGGUUACCAAGUUGAAAGGUUUAUGCGCAAUUGGGAGUGAUCCAAAGGUGUUUUUGGAUCAAAACACUAGUAAUGUUUUCGAUAAUGAAUUCUAUCGUCAGAUACGUAAGAACAGAGGGGUUCUGAAAAUUGAUCAGGAGCUUGCUUCAGAUCCUUCUUCCUCAAGUUUAGUUUCCACCUUGGCUUCGAAUCCGGCCCAGUUCUUUAAGAGUUUCGGAGACGCCAUGACUAAGAUGGGAAAAAUCGAUGUUCUUGUGGGAACAGCUGGGGAGAUUAGGAAGAAUUGUGCAGCUUUUAACCCUCGUCCCAAGACUUUUAUCGAUAGUGUUUUAGACAUUGUCGAGAAAAUUAUAGAGUAAUAGUGUUUUAUCUAUAUAUGUCUACUCCAAACGAGAAUCUCUCCAGUAAGCUCCCGAGAGAGAGAUUCGUCUAAAAUCUUACCGACUGGUUUAAUAGUUUGUUUAUUAUAUAUUUUAUGAAGUAAUAAAAGUGACUUUGGAGCUGAAUUCAUAA